AUGUUCCCAUUGCAAGGCGCCCAGAUGCUGCAGAUGCUGGAGAAAUCCUUGAGGAAGAGCCUUCCUACGUCCUUAAAGGUUUAUGGGACUGUCACGCACAUGAACCAUGGAAACCCAUUCAAUCUAAAGGCCCUGGUGGACAAGUGGCCUGAUUUUAAUACAGUGGUUAUCUGCCCCCAGGAGCAGGACAUGAAAGAUGACCUUGAUCACUACACCAAUACUUACCAUGUCUACUCUGAAGAUCUUAAGAAUUGUCAGGAAUUCCUUGACUUACCAGAAGUCAUCAAUUGGAAACAACAUCUGCAGAUCCAAAGUACGCAGUCCAGCCUGAAUGAAGUAAUACAAAAUCUCGCAGCCACGAAAUCCUUCAAAGUCAAGCGAUCAAAAAACAUUCUCUAUAUGGCAUUUGAGACAAUCAAGGAACUGACUCCGUCCCUGCUGGAUGUAAAGAACUUACCAGUCGGCGACGGCAAACCCAAGGACAUCGACCCAGAGAUGUUUAAGCUGGCAUCUGCAGAGCCUAGCCACGCGGCUUUGGUGAAUAGGUUCUGGCUUUUCGGCGGCAAUGAGAGGAGCCGGAGGUUCAUCGAGCGCUGCAUCCAGAACUUCCCCACCUUCUGCCUGCUGGGGCCCGAGGGGACCCCUGUGUCCUGGUCCCUGAUGGACCAGACGGGAGAGAUGCGGAUGGGGGGCACCCUGCCCGAGUACCGCGCCAAGGGGCUCGUCACCUACGUCAUCUACCAGCAGGCCCAGUGUCUGCUCGAGCGGGGCUUCCCCGUGUAUUCUCACGUGGACCCCAAGAACCAGAUCAUGCAGAAGAUGAGUCAGAGCCUCAAUCACAUGCCCAUGCCCUGCGACUGGAACCAGUGGAACUGUGAGCCUCUGUGA